AUGCCCUCAAAAGAGAAAAAAACUGCAGGAACGGAGGAAACUGAAGAGGUGGAUUGCGACGUGGAGGAAAAGGAGCCAAAACCGAAAGGGAAGAGCAAGUCUGACGCCAGCGGAGACACCAAGCCAGACGGAGCGAAGAAGAGGAAGAAACACAAGAGCCCAGAGGAGUCUGACGAGGAACCAGAGAAAGAGAGGAAGAAUAAAGGGGAACGCCACGAUAAGGUGAAAGAGAAAAAAGAAAAGAAGAAAAAGAAAGCAGAAGAUGAUGCAGAGAAGAGGGAGGGGGAUGAAGUGAUUGAAAAUGAGGAAGAGGGAGAUGACGAGCAGAACAACAAUGACACCAUCGAAACAAAACCCAAGAAGAAGAAAUCUGAAGAAGAGGACAUGACUGAGGGAGAAGUUAAGGAGGAAAAGAAGAAGAAAAAGAAGUCGUCUUCUGAGGGAGACCAACAGGGAGAGGAGGAGAUGGGGUCCAAAGGCAGGAAGUCCACAGAUGGAGGGAAGAAGAAGAAGAAGGCUCAGGAUGAGGAGCCCCUCUUGGAAGAUCAGGAGGGAGAAGAAGAAGACUCCAAGAAGAAAAAGAAGAAGAAGCCGAAGAAGGGAUCGGCCGACAGUGAUGAGGACAAGAAAGACAAGAAAGGGAAGAAAGGGAAGAAGCCCAAGGCCAAGCAGGUGGAUUACGCUGAGAUCUACUACAAUGAGCUGAUGACCUACCAAACAGACUCCUCCGAUGGCUAUGAGGAAGAGUACCACAAAAAGAAAGUGUAUGAGGUGGUGACUGUCACAGGUGAUGUGAGAGGGGCAGGCACAGACGCCAAUGUGUUUGUCACUCUUUUUGGAGACUUUGGCAUCACUCCCAAAGUGCACCUGGCCAGCAAAAGCCGAACGGCAUUUGAGAAAAAUAAGACGGACGUGUUCCGGAUUAAAACACACAAUGUUGGGCCCUUGAAGAAGCUGAGGAUUGAACAUGACAACACAGGUGGCUUGAACGCCAGCUGGUUCCUGGACCGGGUCGUGGUGACCGACAUGAACCGUCCACACCUGCGGUUCUACUUCGCCUGCAACAACUGGCUGAGCCGUGAGGAGGGGGAUGGCCUGUAUGUCAGAGAUCUGCUGGGCAGCCUCAACCCCAUGGAUGUCCCCAAACUGAAUAAGUACAUAGUGAGUGUGUUCACUUCUGCUGAGAAGGGCAGCGGGACUGAUGCUGACGUCUUCCUGAAUAUCUUUGGAGAGCAUGGCGAUACAGGGGAGAGACGGCUGGACAGUGACAAAGAUAAUUUUGAGCGAGGCACGGAGGACAAGUUUACUAUUGAAUCACCAAACCUGGGAAGGCUAAAGAAAAUCACCAUUGGCCAUAACAACAGGGGCUCAUCAGCUGGAUGGUGUCUGGAUAAGGUGGUCAUUGAUGACAUGGGGAACAAGGAGGUGUAUGAGUUUCCAGUGAAUCGUUGGUUCGCCAUGGACGAAGAAGAUGGAAAGAUACAGAGAGAUGUGUUGGUGGGAGCAACACAGCCCAUGGCGGUGGUGUACAACGUCCAGGUGAUGACGGGCAACGUGAGAGGUGGUGGCACCAACUCUAAGAUCCACAUUAUCAUGCAUGGUACCAAGGGCCUGAAGAACAGUGGCAAGGUGUUCCUGGAGGGUGGAGCAUUUGAGCGGGGGCUCAUUGAUAUCUUCAACGUGGAGAUUGCUGCGCUGCUCAGCCCACUCAGCAGGGUCACCAUCGGACAUGACAACGGAGCUGUUGGGGCCGGCUGGUACUGCGAAAAGGUGACAGUGUACUGCCCAUUCACAGGGAUUGAGCAGACGUUUCCCUGUUGCAAGUGGCUGGAUGAGGACGAGGGGGACGGACUGAUUGAGAGGGAGCUGUACGAGAUGGUGUCCCUCAGGCAGAAGAAACUUAAGAAGUACCCGUGGUCCCUGUGGAUCUGGACAUCAGACGUGAAGGGGGCAGGGACGGACGCCCAGGUCUUCCUACAGAUCUACGGUGAGAAGGGCAAGUCAGAUGAGAUGAGACUGGAGAGCAACUCAGACAGCUUUGAGCAGGCUCAGCUGGAUAAGUUCAUGAUUGAAAUGCCAGACAUUGGAAAACUGACCAAGGCCCGUAUCUGGCACGAAAAGAGACAUCCUUUCGCAGGCUGGCAUUUCGCUAGGGCCACGGUGAUGAAGACACUGACAAGGGAGAAAUACUCGUUUAACUGUGGCCGCUGGCUGGACAUCAACGAGGACGAUAAUGAGAUCAUCAGAGAGAUGCCCGCCACCGGAGCUCUCAUCCCAGAGCCGUUACAACUGCUGAAGUAUCGCAUCACCAUCUGUACUGGGAAAGUGAGUGGAGGUGGCACUGAUGCCAGCGUAUUCCUUAAUGUGAUCGGGGACCUGGGAGACACAGGGGAUCGACUCAUGUUCCUCAGCAAAAACAACGUCAACAAGUUUGAAAAGGGCAACGCCGAUGAGUUUCUGACCGAGGCGGUGUCGUUGGGGCAGGUGCGCAGGGUGCGUAUCGGCCAUGAUGGGAGGGGUGGAGGCUGUGGUUGGUUCCUGGAUAAGGUGUUGGUCAGGGAGGAGGGCCAACCAGAGUCUGCGGCCAUAGAGUUCCCCUGUAACAGGUGGUUGGACCGGAAUGAGGACGAUGGACAGAUCGUUCGUGAGUUAGUGCCAGCAGGAGAUGGUCUGCGUCUCCACAAUGUCAACUACCAUAUCUCGGUGAAGACAGGCAACAUCAACGGGGCCAGCUCGGACUCCAAGGUGUUUGUUAAAUUGUACGGAGAGAAGGGCGACACCACGAGGAUACUCCUGGUGGUCUCGGACAACGACCUGAGUAACUACUAUGAGACGGGCCAAACUGAUAUCUUCACCGUCGAGACCUAUGACAUCGGACAAAUCCACCGUCUUCUGAUAGGCCACACUAACGAGGGUCUGCGUGCUGGUUGGUUCCUGGACAGUGUCCGGAUCAUUGUUCCGGUCCAUGGGAAGCAGUACCAGUUCCCCAGCCAUCGCUGGCUGUGUAAGGAUGAGGCUGACGGCAAGGUGGAGGUGGAGAUCUAUCCCAGCGAGACCCUGGACAUCGAGAAACUGAUUAACUACGAGGUCACAGUGGUCACGGGGAACAUGCGCAAUGGUGGCACCAACGCCAAUGUGUUCUGCCAGAUCUAUGGAGAGGAGGGCAAGACCGAGCUCAUCAGCCUCAAGAGCCGCUCCAACAACUUUGAGCGUGGGACCACAGAGAUCUAUAAGAUCGAGGCGCUGAACGUGGGCAAAUUAUUCAAAAUCCGCAUUGGGCACGAUGGUUCGGGCGUGGGCGACGGGUGGUUCCUUGAGACGGUGGACAUCAAGCGGCUCACUAUGGCCAUGGUACAGAGGGAAGUGGUGAAGGAGAAACCAAAGGAUGACAAGAAGGACAAGAAGAAGAAUAAAAAGAAGAAGAAAGAAGAGGAUGAGGAGGAGGAGUACGUGACGGAGCUCCAGGAGGUGACAGAGAGCGUGACGUUCCCCUGUCAUCGCUGGCUGGCCCGCGACGAGGAGGACGGGGAGAUCGUGGUGGAGCUCCUACCCGAGGACCCCGGAGACCUGGAGGAGAACUCCUAUGAGGUCCAUGUGUUUACUGGCCCCAUGUGGGGAGCCGGAACCGAUGCCAACGUUUACAUCAACAUCUACGGAGAGAUCGGGGACACGGGCGAGCGGAAACUAAGAAAGUCCAACAACCUCAACAAAUUUGAGAAGGGGCAGGAGGACGUGUUCUCCAUGCAGGCCAUCGAUCUGGGCAUUCUGAAGAAGCUGAGGAUUCGUCACGACAACAGCCAGCCUCAUGCUGCCUGGUUCCUGGACAGGGUGGAGAUAGUAGACAACAAAGACGACACCACGUACUACUUCCCAUGUAAACGGUGGCUGGCCAUUGAUGAAGAUGAUGGACAGAUUGCCAGGGAGCUGGUCCCUGUGGAUGAAGCCUUUAUGAAGAAGGGUGAGGAUGAUGAUGAUGAUGAUGACGAGGAAAACUCCAGUGCAACACUCGGCCUGGAACAGAAGGCCAUGUCCACCACCUUCACAAUGAGGGUAAAGACUGGAGACAAGAAGUAUGCGGGCACUGAUGCCAACGUGUUCGCCAUCCUGUACGGCAUGAAGGAUGAUACAGGCAUCAUAAUGCUGAAAGCAUCCAAGUUACAUAAGAAUAAGUUUGAGCAGGCCAUGAUCGAUGAGUUUACAGUGGAAGCUGUGGAUAUUGGAACACUGAAGAAAAUACGCAUGGGGCAUGACAACUCAGGGGCAGCAUCAGGCUGGUUCCUGGACUGGGUAGAGGUGGAUGCCCCCUCCCUGGGCCAGAAGCUGAGGUUCCCUUGUGGUCGCUGGCUGGAUAAGGGAGAGGACGACGGGGCCAUCGUCAGGGACCUCUUCCCUGCAGACCUCCAGACUGAGCUCUACACACCAUUUGUGCCCUAUGAGAUCAAGACGUUCACCAGUGACCUGUUUGCAGCGGGUACAGACGCAGACGUGUUCAUCGUGCUCUACGGCCGAGACGGGGUGUGCACCCAGCAGAGGUCUCUCUGUGUCAACAAGAGGGAGAGGACCAUGUACUUUGAGAGGGGAGCUGAGGACAUGUUCAUCGUUGAGUUGGAGGACGUGGGUGAUGUCAUAGAGAAGAUCCGUAUUGGUCAUGACAACAGAGGGCUAAACGGAGGCUGGCACCUGGACAGAGUGGAGAUCAGACGACUGCUGAGGAAGGGGAAGGGGUCGGAGACUAUUAUCUUCCCAUGUGAGCGCUGGCUGGCCAAGUCAGAGGAUGAUGGAGAAACAGUGAGAGAGUUAGUACCUUCUGACAUCAUAACGGAGAAACUACUACGAGAUGGUACCCUGAAAGUCAGCGAGGUUGAGGUGGAAGAUGCACUGGAGACUCACACAUACAAAGUGUCUGUGAUGACGGGCGAUGUUUACGACGCAGGCACCGAUGCCAACGUCUUCCUGACCAUCUACGGAGACCUGGGAGACACUGGCGAGCGCAAACUCAGCAAGUCUGAGACCAACGGCAACAAGUUUGAGAGAGGAGCGGUAAGAGACAGAAUACAGACCUUACCGUAUCCCUAACUAGGGUGAAAACCCCAGCACCCCUGCCUUCUAUUCCAGGUGGAUAAGUUUACCAUUGAGGCGGUGGACCUGGGUCAGGUGUUUAGAAUGAAGAUUCGCCAUGACAACAGCAUGAUGAGUGCUGAUUGGUACCUGGACCAGGUGGAGGUGGUUGACGAGGAUACGGAGGAGGUCUUCCUGUUCCUGUGUGAGCGCUGGCUGUCCAGAAAGAGAGAGGACAGACGCAUCGAAAGGAUGUUCUAUGUCAAGGGUUACGAGGGGGAGAGGGAGACAAUCCAGGGCAGUAAGAAGAGCUCAGCCAUGAUCAUGAAGAGUGUGGACAGCAACAUGAACAAGAAGAAGAAGAAGGGGGAGGACGUCCAAAAGGAGAGCACCAUCAUUCCAUACCACUUCACCAUUUCCACGGGGGAAGAAAACGAUGCCAGUACCUGCAGCAGGGUCUAUGUGAUCAUCAUGGGGCCAAACCACACCCAGACACAGAGGCUGUGGCUGGACCUGCCUGGGGGGAAGAGGUGCUUUGAGUCUGGGUCUCUGGAGUCCUUCGAGGCUAAUGGAGCUGACGUUGGUGAGAUUAAAAAAGUGGAGCUCGGACAUGACGGCGCCACUCCGGAGAGCUGCUGGUUGGUUGAUGAGCUAGCUGUUGCCGUGCCAACCAAAGGGGUUAAAUACAUUUUCCAGUGUAAGUGCUGGUUGGCCAAAGAUCGGGGCGAUGGACUGACUGCCAGGGUGUUCAACGUGUUGGAUGCAGAUAGCAUCACCAUCUCCCAAAAGAUCAUCUAUGAGGUGACGGUGGUGACGGGAGAUGUUCAGAACGCUGGGACAGACACCCAGAUCUACUUGUCUGUGUUUGGGACCAACGGCACCACAGAGGAAGUCCUACUUCAGAAGAACGAGGACAGGUUUGAGCGGGGUCAGGAGGACACGUUCAGCCUGGAGGUCGAUGAUAUUGCUCCCCUGAGGAAGAUGAGGGUCCGUGUUGACGGCUCUGGUAGCCGACCUGACUGGUUCCUGGCUAAGAUCAUCAUGCGUAACCUGACCACAGAGGAGGUGUCAGUGUUCACCUAUGAGGAGUGGCUGUCUAAGACCAAAGGACCCAAGAGGACCAUGAUCUGUGAGAUGGCUGCUGUGGUGGAUGAGGAGGAGAUGGUGGAGAUCACCACCUACAUUAUCCAGGUCAAGACCAGCGACAUUGGAGGGGCAGGCACUGACGCUAACGUGUGGAUCAUUGUGUUUGGAGAGUGCGGUGACACUGGGACCCUGGCGCUGAAAGAGUGCCAGAAAUCCAACAAGUUUGAGCGCAAGCAGACAGAUGUGUUCCGUUUUCCUGACGUGCUCAGCCUCGGGGACCUCUCUAAGGUUCGGGUGUGGCACGACAACUCAGGGCCUGCUCCAGGAUGGCACAUAGAAUACAUCGAUGUGAAGGAUGAGGCCUUGGACAGGACAUUUCGCUUCCCCUGCGACCGCUGGUUGGCUCAGAACGAGGACGAUGGUCAGAUCAUGAGGGAGUUGUCCUGCGCCAACAACGACAUUUUAGACCUCAACGAGAAGACCAAAUAUGAAAUUAUUACCACCACGGCGGACACAGACGACGCAGAGACCAAAGAGAACGUCUGGAUCGCACUGGAGGGGAAGAAGGGGCGUUCAAAAGAAUUUAUGAUGGAGAACUCAUCAAAGAAAAAGAGGUUCUUGCGGGGAAACAAGGACAAGUUUGAGUUCUCCUCCAAACAGCUUGGGGACAUCGCUGGCAUCUGCCUGGGCCACACCCCCAAAGAUGGGAAGAAGGUGAAAGGUGAGGCGUUCUGGCACGUGAAGGAGGUCGUUGUCAUAGAGAAAGUGCUGGGCAACAGGUUCAUAUUCAUCUGCAAUGCCCUGAUCCCCCUCUCCCCGAAGAGGGACGAGUUUGUGACCUUCGAGUGCACCAAGACCAUCGAGAGCUUCGCCAGCAAAGCCCGCAGCCUGGUGCCUGUCAAGUACGAGAUCAUCCUCAUCACGGGCGACGAGAAGGGGGCAGGCACCGAUGCCAAUGUCUUCAUCACCAUCUACGGUUCCAACGGCGACUCGGGCCGCCGGUCGCUACGUCAGAAGUUCCGCAACCUGUUUGAGCGUGGCCAGACGGACCGCUUCCUGCUAGAGAUGUUGGACAUGGGUGAGCUGCUGAGAGUGUGUGUGGAGCAUGACAAUACCCGCCUCAGCCCCGGCUGGCUGCUGGACCGCGUGGAGGUCACCAACACAGCCAACGGUGUCACCACCAUCUUCCUGUGUGGAAAGUGGCUGAACACCAAGAAGGCGGACGGACAGAUCUUCAGGGUCCUCUACCCAAAGUACUAAAGACCUCAUAUUGAGACUUCUCCACUAUAUGAAAACGUAUGUCCUUUGCACAGCAGAGGAUA